CCGGAAUCUCUCCUCUAGCUAGUGUAAUCCGUAGUAAACAGAGAGCUCUUGUCAGACAAGUACCCCUCCGCAAGCGCUCACUCAGCACUCAAGUAUUAAACUGAAUGGAGUUUGGAAGGCGGUACACACUGGAAAAUGUUUUGGACUGGAGCUAUGGAGGUGUCGAUGGCUCGAUUCCAGGCAAUGGUGGGCCAGACUGCGCAAAUUUCCUUACAAUUCAUCGUAGGCUAUUUGAAACCCUCUUAGGGAUUGCAAUACCAGUCGUAUACUUCUUCUGGGGUUAUUCAUAUAUAACAUAUCCCUCCUCAUAUAAGUUUGUGAGAAAAGACCGAGGGGGCAAGAGAGCUCUCCUGGUGCUGGUUUCCAUGGUGUUUGGAAUGGAAAUUGGUUUCAAGUUUGCAACGAAACAGCUUAUAUACCUGUUGAACCCAUGUCAUGUAACCACUGCAAUACAGAUUUAUCUUCUAGCUGCUCCGCCUAGCAAGUUUGUAACUACAGUAUUUCGAGUUCAUCUCAACUUCCUUAAUGGGGCUGUCCUUGCUAUACUAUUUCCAGUCACCAACUCCCGCCUGCUCCCGUUUGAGGUGGAGUUGUACUGGGUGCAACACUUAAUGAUGCUAGUCACACCAUACUAUCUACUGCGGCUUGGGGGUGUGUACACGGUGGAGAGCCCUUGGGACAUGAGCUGGACUGUGAUGUCUUUAGGGAUUCUGCUGAUCUAUCAUUUUUUGCCUCUGCAGAUCAUAGCCAUGGCUUCUCAGGUAAACUUGAAUAACAUGCUCUGCCCAGCCAUCAGCGAUCCUUUCUAUGGACCAAACUACCGUCUGGCAGCCAUGGUCCACCAGUCCAUAUGUGUGCCUUUAGUCAGCAAGACUUUCUGCAUUGUGGCCAACUUCUUCAUUACGAAGUUCCCUCCCACAAAGGUGAAGGACAACCUGGAAACAGAUGUAACCAUGAGCACCUAUGACCAGCAUGUUUUGAGCCAAGAAGCCGAGAGCAAGCAGCACAAGAACUCUAAUGACCAGAAUGGGUUGAAGCACCACCUGUCCAUACACAGAAGGACUCGUAGUGAAGCAGUCACUGUGACCAACUGGAAUGGACACAGUCAUCAAGAUUAGGAUGAUAGGAGUCUUCUCAAUAGUCAAGUUUGCAUGAAGCUGAUACUCAGGUCUUAUCCAUUGUACUAGAAGACCUUGUCUUGCAGUCUGAUUUUAGUUGGUAAACAGAGGUACACUUAUGAACUUACACACAUGCAUCAACACAUACAGAGACACAAAGGAACACAUGUCUGCAUACAUAUACUGUACGCACAUAUAGACAUACUUAUAUGCAUACAUAGACAGAACAGGAGCAGUGUAAUUUGUGUCAAUUUUGGUGGUUGAUUAUCUAAAGUUUCAGGCUUUAUAUUCAAGAAUGCAGUGCAGUUGUUUAUAUUUAUUGGUAUUUACAACAUCCAAUUGCUAUGUUUAGCAUUGAUGUUGAUGCAAUUAACUGUCAAGUGACUUACUCUAGAUUGUGCUCAAUUUAGGUGAAUGAUUGUUCAUAUCAGGAGAGAGUGUAAUGAGAAAAAUAUAUAUAAUAUAAAAAACAUAGAUUUGAAUGUUGUAUAUUAGUAUAUUUGUGUAUGUUUUACUCAGGAUUUUUUUUUUUUUUUUUUUUUUUUAAGGCAGAGAGAUUCUUAAUAUAUAGUUCUGCCUUGUGGAGAUUUCUCAAAAUAGAAUUUGUUUCCA